AUGGCAAUUUGUUCGUCACCUUCUUCUUCGUCUUCUUCCUCGAUUGCUUCUUCCAAUAACUCGAAGGCAUGGAUCAUCGACGGCAUCGUGGUUGGAGUUUCAAUUGCAGCUGCUGCCGGUGCUUACGCUUACCUCCGUCGAUUCAACAAAUUCCGUAGCCGGGUUGUAGGCAUCAUACCCGCUCGAUUUGCUUCCUCUCGCUUCUCUGGAAAGCCUCUCGUUCAAAUUCUUGGCAAGCCUAUGAUCCAGAGAACAUGGGAAAGGGCAAAGCUGGCAGCUUCAUUGGAUCAUGUUGUUGUGGCAACUGAUGAUGAUAAGAUUGCUGACUGCUGUAGGAAUUUCGGUGCAGAUGUCAUAAUGACAUCAGAGUCUUGCCGAAAUGGUACUGAACGCUGCAGUGAAGCCCUAGAGAAGCUCGGGAAAAAGUAUGAUAUUGUUGUCAACAUUCAAGGUGAUGAACCACUUAUUGAACCUGAAAUAAUAGAUGGUGUUGUCAAAGCUUUGCAGGCAGCGCCAGAUGCAGUUUUCAGCACUGCAGUUACCUCUUUAAAGCCUGAAGAUGCGCUUGAUCCAAACAGAGUAAAAUGUGUAGUUGAUAAUCGUGGUUAUGCCAUCUAUUUUUCACGAGGAUUAAUCCAUUCAAUAAGUAAGCUGGAACUAAUUGAAAUUUCAGAAUUUGAGUCUUAA